AUAAACAUGGCCGCCCUCGGACCUCUGUCAAGAAUAACCCGGCUUGGAUGCAACUUCUGUCGGAACCACCGCUUGAUGCUGAACAGAAACUCUCAGAAACGAGGAAUAGCUUCGUGUAUUGACCCUUCAUAUGGACUCACAGACGAGCAGAAGGAGUUUCAGAAAGUGGCCUUUGACUUUGCAGCCAAUGAAAUGGCUCCACACAUGGCGGAGUGGGACCAAAAGGAAGUCUUCCCAGUGGAAACGAUGCGGAAAGCGGCCCAGUUAGGGUUCGGAGGCAUCUACACUCGGCCGGAGGUCGGGGGGUCAGGCCUGUCUCGUCUGGACACGUCCAUCAUUUUUGAGGCCCUGUCCACUGGAUGUGUUAGCACCACAGCUUACAUUAGCAUCCACAACAUGUGUGCCUGGAUGAUUGACACCUUUGGGAAUGACGAGCAGAGGGAGAGGUUCUGUCCUGACCUCUGCUCCAUGGAAAAGUUUGCAUCCUACUGUCUGACUGAACCAGGCAGUGGCAGUGACGCCGCUUCACUCCUCACAUCCGCUCAGCGGAAAGGGGACCAUUAUGUCUUAAAUGGCUCCAAGGCGUUUAUCAGUGGGGGAGGAGACACCGACGUGUAUGUUGUGAUGUGCAGAACGGGAGGCAAGGGGCCGAAAGGAAUCUCAUGUUUGGUGGUGGAAAAAGGAACACCAGGCCUCAGUUUCGGCAAGAAGGAGAAGAAGGUAGGCUGGAACUCUCAGCCAACCAGGGCCGUGAUAUUCGAGGACUGUGUCAUCCCUGCGACCAACCGGCUGGGCGAGGAAGGACAAGGCUUCAACAUCGCAAUGAAGGGCCUGAAUGGAGGCAGGAUUAAUAUCGCUUCCUGUUCUCUGGGAGCAGCGCACGCCUCCGUGCUGCUUGCGAGGGAUCACCUGCUGGUGCGGAAGCAGUUUGGCGAAACGCUCGCCAACAACCAAUUUCUGCAGUUCAAACUGGCAGAAAUGGCCACCAAGCUGGUGGCGUCUCGCCUGCUGGUGCGCGAGGCCGCCACGGCGCUACAGGAGAACCGAGCCGACGCCGUUUCGCUCUGCUCCAUGGCCAAGCUUUUCGUCACGGACGAGUGCUUCGACGUCUGCAACCAGGCUCUCCAGAUGCACGGUGGCUACGGUUACCUAAAAGAUUACGCAGUGCAGCAGUUUGUGCGCGACAUCCGAGUCCAUCAGAUUCUCGAGGGAACCAACGAGGUGAUGAGGAUGAUCAUUUCUCGAAACCUACUCACAGAAUCGUGAUAAAUCUGUUCCCCCUCCAGACGAACGGCGGACCGCGUAGUUUUGAUUUAUUGCGGCAGCGUGGCCGGUCCUGUUCACACUUCUUCCAGUUUUGACAGAAAUUCUCAGAGAGGUUGGUGUAAAUGAGAUGUUAUUUUUGAGGUAAAGCAUGAGAUUAUUUGCUGAGUUAGGAGCUGUGACAGGGCUCUUAGAGUAGGAAUCAAGAUUAUCCUCUAGUGCAAAGUGCAGCACCUUAUCAGGAACUGCACAGGUUUAAAAGUCUACAAUCAUAGCUCAUUAAAACUGAAAUAUUGGCCACAUAAAUGUUUUUCUCAUUUAUCUGCCCAAGUUAAAAUAAAAGAACCUAGUCUCCUGCUCAGAUUUUGUAAAGUAACAGACAGAUAUAAUGAUAGUUUAUGGUCAAGCUUUCACUCCCAGAACACUCCUCUUACACUGCAAAAACACAAAGUAGUUUUGUCUUGCAAAUAUCUUUGAACAAUUUAAAAUAAUCAAAACUAACUUACAAGUAACUUUUCUUCAAGGUUUAAGAGCUUCUCCUAAAUCAACAAUCCCUUAAAAUGGAUAAGAACAAGUGGGAGAUUAUUUAAUUUACAACAAGAUAGAAGUAGAAAAAUCCACCAGUACUGGAACUGGUCCUUUUUUCAAAAUUAAAGUUAACAAAUUCUUCACUUGAAACAAAUUGCAAUAAGAAAGACGUUGCAGAGACAUUAUUUGCCCUUAAAAACUAAACAAAAGUACUGACUAAGACUUUAAUUUUGCAGCAUAAGGGAUUUAUAUUUUUUUCUGUACUCAAGGGCUAAAGUUACUGUAAUAUCUCCAUUACAUACAAACAGCCCAUCUUUACCUCUUGGAACACUCAAUAGAAACAUGUUUAAGAGAAACACGUUAAAUUAUUAUUUUCUAGGUGUUGUACGUUUUCAUCUUUUUGGAUCAGAUGUACAUACACUUUACAAAAACGUCCACUUCUGUCUCAUCACUUCAUCGAAGACUCCAUUUUCCAAAAAGUCUUGGGAUCCACCAAAUCCCAAACAUGCUGGACACUCUUCUGUUUCGUCCUCCAUUUGCGGACGAGACGGCUCACUACUUGUGUUGUAACUCUUUAAAGACUGAUGGGUGAUUUCCUUUGUGAUAGAACUUCUUCAGAUUGGAGAAUGCUAUUUGGCAUUCUUUUGUGGCCGACUUCAUGUCGUCAGAGAGUUUCUGGCAGUUCUCAUGCCCGAGUGUUGAAAAUGAAAUUGAACUCAGAUUUCCAAAACGCAGCGGACCACUGUUGAUUUGACACAAGGCAGAAACGACUUAAUCACGUGGUUGGUUUGGAGGGGUUUGUCUCUCAUUACACAAUUGCAAGAUGUCUCUGAUAUUAAAAGGAGUAUACAAAACGUUUGACAAAUCCGCCAAAACAAAAGGACUUUAGAAGUUGGUAAAUAUUUCCUCACAUGCUGAAAAUCAUGACUUGAUGCUUAUUUUAUUUUUUUUAUAAUGUGAGGUUUGGGCUGAAAAAAACAAACUACAAAGAUCCCAAAUAGCAGAUAGAAGUUUAUGGUUAAUUAUACUGAGGGAUGAAGGUUUGAAGACAUUACUGUCACAGUUUAUAAGCUUAGAAUGCAAAGUUACAUUCACUAGUUACUGAAAAAAAUGUAAAUUUGAUGCUUCUGGAAAUGACUUUAUAAAAUCAGAUGUCUUUAAAUUGUUGGUUUGUAAAGAGUCAAACAGUGGUGUCAAUAACACAUUUUUGUUCCAAGUGGCCUUCCAUGUCCCGUCUGUCAUUGUAAGAGCAUUUUGAGUGUGUUUUUAUCCAGAUUUGUAGUCUGUGUUCAGCUGAAAGGUUGGGUUUGCACUCCAUAAUAAAAUGUCUAAUCGUCCUCAAAACAAA